AAUCGUCUUGACUCUCAACAUCAAUGGCUAUGGCUAAACUGACGCUCUCCUUCUUGCUCAUUCUUUCCAUGUCUUGCAUGAUGGGCGCAGUCGAACCCUCUUCAGCCGUACGUUCCAAGUCCAAAACGUAUGUUGAGGCCUCCUGCAGGUCCACCCGUUACCCAGACUUGUGUGUUCAAAGUCUCUCAGGCUUUACCGACAUGGCAGCGUUACAGAGCCCGCAACAACUAGCUCAUAUCGCCUUAUCGGUAAGCCUAAACAAAGCCCGAAACACGAGGUCUUACUUAUUGAACGUGUGUAAAGAAUUGAAGGCGAUGAAGGAUAAGGAUUACCAAACUGUACAAGAUUGUGUGGAACAAAUAAAUAGCGGUAUAGAUCAACUAUCACAAUCAAUCAAAGAGAUCCGUUGCUUGAGCAAAAAAGGCGUAGCUGAUGACUCUUUUUUGCUCAUAAAUAACGUUGAGACUUGGGUGAGUGCUGCCCUAACAGAUGCGAGCUCUUGCGUGGAACAAUUCCCUACGCGUAACAUGAGUAAACUGAAGGCCACGAUUAAGGGCAAGGUGUUGAAUGUUGAACAGGUCACUAGCAAUGCACUAGCGUUGUUUCAUCAGUUUGCCGUGAGCUAUCGAGCCACCAGUGCCAAUAAAAAGCCAUAAAAAAGGCUUGCCUUGUGAAGAUGUAAUUUAGCUUACGUAAUAU